GCGCCCCUUUCACGGCUUCCGGCGGGCGGUUCCGGCGCGUGCCCGGGGCGGCGGCGCGCGCGGCAGGGAACCGUUGGGGUUUGCAUUGGCCCUAGUGGACGCGGCUGUGGACACCAUGCAGCUGACCGUGAAGGCGCUCCAGGGCCGGGAGUGCAGCCUACAGGUGCCGGAGGACGAGCUAGUGUCUACACUGAAGCACCUGGUCUCGGAUAAGCUGAACGUCCCUGUGCGCCAGCAACGUCUGCUGUUCAAGGGCAAGGCCCUAGCAGAUGAGAAACGACUGUCAGAUUACAACAUCGGGCCCAAUUCUAAGCUCAACCUAGUCGUUAAACCUUUGGAGAAGGUGCUACUAGAAGAAGGGUCUGCCCACAGACUGGUCGACUCCCCACCCCUACCCCUCUGGCAGCUGAUCUCCAAAGUCCUGGCCCGUCACUUCAGUGUAGCAGAUGCCAGCAGGGUCCUGGAACAACUACAGAGGGAUUAUGACAGGUCCCUGAGCCGUCUAACACUGGAUGACAUCGAACGUUUGGCCAGCCGCUUUCUACACCCUGAAGUAACUGAGGCUAUGGAAAAAGGGUUCUCCAAAUAGCAUUCUGGGAUUGGGGGGAGAAAUUCUAGGUCAGGCCACAGCUGCAUGUUGCAUUAAAUGUGUUCUCAUGUCGCA